CUGAAUACAACAGUUUACUUGCUUUGUUUGUUUGGUAGUUUAGACUUGCAUUCCAGUUUCAUUGCUAGAUAACAAGAAUUCACCGAGUAGUCAUCAAAUCUAGGACCCGGGUUGAUAAUUAAACCUAAACCCGCUAUACUACGCUUUAGGAAGUGGUUACACUUGGCCAGUUCCUGGAGUGACAGUAGAAGUGAGUCAAGUUUUUGGCGCCAUUGCCGGGGACGGCUAGGUUGUUGAAGAAAAGUGAUUUCUGUUAAUUUAGCUUUUCUUUUUGCUUUGUUUGCUUUGUCCCACUUGUGCCUUCACGGGUUUGCUUGCUUGAGUAUGUGCAGUUAGUGCAUGACCCGUAGCCAGUCAGGGGGUUUACUGCCGUUGAAUCCAGAGAUUGACCGCACCUAUCGCCAGCUCAGGAGACAACAGCGAGCUAGACUGGCUACGGAAGAGCGCAUAGACGGCCACGUGAGCAGUGAUUCUGAGGAGGAGUACGAGAUGGAAGACUACAAUCAACACCAGGGGAAUCCUCAGCAGGCUCCCCCGGUGAAUCAGGUCCUGGGGAACAACCCCAUACCCCAGGAUCAUGGAGUUCAACAUCCACCGCAGUCGGGUCCCACCUUGGAGUACUACUACACUCCUCGGAUUGCUGACAUCCGCCCGGUCAUCCUGUACCCGCCUAUUCCAGCAAACAACUUCGAGAUCAAGCCAUGCUGGAUUCAGCUCAUCACAUCCUCUAUCCAGUUCCAUGGCUUGAAGGAUGAGGAGGCCAGGGUACAUCUGUCCCGUUUUCUGCAGCUGACGAACGUGUUCAAGCUGAAUGGUGUCCCGGAUGAUGCAAUCCGCCUUCAUCUCUUCCCCCAUUCUCUGGCGGGGAAUGCUAAGAGGUGGUUGGAGACCCAGCCCCCAUUGUCCAUCACCUCUUGGGACGAUCUGGCUGACAAGUUCGUGCACAGGUAUUAUCCAGCAUCGAAGACUACAGAGAUUCAGCGGGAGAUCACUCACUUCCGCCAAGAGCCAGAUGAGUCGCUUCGUGAUGCUUGGGAGCGGUACAUGGGAUAUUUCUGGCAGUGUCCCCAUCAUGGCUUUAGUGAUGCUUUCACAGUGGGGAACUUCUACAGUGCUCUUUCUCCAGACAGCCAGAGGGUGAUUGAGUCUCUAUGCCCAGGAGGGGAUGUUCUUACUAAGACUCCACCAGAACUGAACCAGAUGAUUAAUACUUUGGCUGCCAGAGAUCAUUCCUGGGGACAGAGCAGCAGAGGCAGACAGUCCCGGGACCGUGGUGUGCACGCCAUGGAGACCAGAUCCGGGCUCGAGCAGUAGGUAGCUGAGCUAGUGCAGACAUUGA